CUGAAAGCGGCAUCAAUUCCGGAUAGUGGGAGGGCGAGGAAUAAAGAAUUGAGUGGGUGGCUUUUCCAACCAUUGCGCUGGGAGGAAAUAUAAAUUCCCCUCCCCUCCCCUCAACAGAUUUCAUGAGUCCACCACCCUCUACUUUCAAAACAAUGUCUCCAACCUUUAAACCCAAGAUCGCGAUUAUCGGCGCUGGCCCGGCAGGGCUGACUCUCGCCCGGCUCCUGCACCUCCAAAACAUCCCCUUCACAAUCUUCGAGUCCGAAGCCUCCGCAAACGCUCGCUCGCAGGGCGGCACGCUCGAUCUCCGCACCGCGACCGGACUCGCGGCCAUCACCGCUUGUGGACUUUACGACGAGUUUUUGAAAUUGGCGAGAUACGAUGGCGAGGCGUUGAAGAUUAUGGAUAAGAAGGGGAAGGUGUGGUUUAGUGCGAAGGGGAGUGGGGUGGAUGGUGGCAAGAAGAAGAAGAAAGAUGCGCGGCCGGAGAUUGAUAGGGUUGUAUUGCGGAAAUUGUUGUUGGAGAGCGUUCCUGGAGAGAGCAUUAAAUGGGGCAGAAAAUUGAAGAGAGUUAGCCAGGAAUCUGGAUCUGGAGAUGUGCGAAUGGUUUUCGAAGACGGGGAAGAGGUUGUUGGAUUUGAUUUGGUUGUGGGAACGGAUGGGUGCUGGAGUAAGACGAGAGCGUUUCUGAGUGAUGAAGUUCCGGCUUAUUCGGGUGUUUGUGGUAUCGAGCAGAAUAUUUCGAACGCUGAAGAAAGGUUUCCUGAGAUCUGUGGGCUGGUUAAUAGAGGUAGUGUUUUUAUAUUUGGUGAUGGGAAGAGCGUCAAUGCGCAGCAGCUUGGAGAUGGGAGCAUCAAGGUCGCUGAGUAUGGAGCGAGGGACGUAAGCUGGCCAAAGGAACAUGAUGCUGCGAAAAUGGAUGCAGUUGCUAUUAAAUCUCUCCUUUUGGAAGAGCACGGGGAUUGGGGGCCCGAGGUGAAGAAAAUGCUUGAGUCGGUCGAUGAGAAUGGCGCAACGAUGAGAACGCUUUUCAUGCUGCCAAUAGGCUUCCGUUGGGAGAACAAGCCUGGUGUGACUGUUAUUGGGGACGCCGCGCACGUCAUGGUACCCUUUGCGGGCGAGGGUGCCAAUCUGAGUAUGGCAGAUUCGUUAUAUCUGGCGCAAUGGAUCCAGAAGUCGACGGACAAAGCAUCACUGCAUGGGAAUGUUGCCAAAUUUGAGCAGGAGUUGUUUGUGAGAGCGAAACCUGUUCAGCAGAUCUCGUUCGACAAUAUGAAGGAUAUGUUCUUCACUCCUGGGGCCCCGAGAACGGCAAUUGAGAGUUAUCUGACGAGGAUGGUAAAGCAUAUGGCAGGGCCGGUCAUCGGAACAUUGGCAGGAGCGGCGAUUUACACCUACUAUUGGGGAUUUAAGCUGAUGAAUUGAGAAGUAUUGACUUGGCAAGUGUUGAUCUAGGGAGUCCAGGUGUUGGUAGAGGGGAUUGUCGAUUAUCGAUUGAGGGUUUAUGGGUGUGAUGCAGAGAUGAAUUACCAAUGGCUUUAUUCUCCACUUCUAGAUGGUACCAGUUCGGGCAUUGAAUUUUAAAGAGUAAAUCAACAAAGUCAUCUGUUUCAAAGUCUUGCUCCAUAAUUACAUCCUGCUCCAGAGGAGC